ACUGAACAAAGUUUAGAAGUACUUAUUGAAAAUCCAACGUCUAAUUGGAUUUCUAUUAAUGGAAAUUCUACUAUCAAAGAUUCAUGGUACAAUUUAACUCCUCAUAUAAUUGAACUGACAAAAAAGUCACUACAUAACCAAAAGUAUCAUCCUUUAAAUUUGAUUAAACAACGUAUUGUCGACUUUAUGUUCAAGCAUCAUGUUCGUCAUGUAGAUAAUGAUAAUCAGAAAGGUACACCAUUGUUUAGCUUAUAUGAUCAUUUAUCACCAGUUGUAACAGUGAGACAAAAUUUUGACAGUCUAUUUAUUCCACCAGAUCAUCCAAGUCGAUUGCGUACAGAUACAUAUUAUUUAAAUGAAACUACGGUAUUACGUAGUCAUACAUCAGCGCAUCAAUUGGAUUUAAUCAAUUCGGGUUUAAAUGCUUUCCUUGUUGCUGGUGAUGUUUAUCGACGUGAUGAUAUUGAUUCGUUGCAUUAUCCUGUUUUUCAUCAAAUAGAAGGUGUUCGAUUGUUUACACAAGAUGAAUUAUUUCAAAAUGCUAUUGAUCCUUGUCAAUGUUUUCGAUUAUUUGAAGAUAUUCCAUCAUCUUCAUUAUAUAAUCGACCAGAUCUUUAUCCAUUCAAAGUGUUUCCUUCAUCUAUGCUUCCACUUGAUAAACAAUUGAAUCAUACCACUGAAACUAAAUUAGUACUAGAAUAUGAAUUGAAAACUCUUUUACAAGAAAUGGCUAAAUGUUUAUUUGGUCCAGACAUACAAUUACGUUGGGUCGAUGCUUACUUUCCAUUUACACAUCCAUCAUGGGAAUUAGAAAUUAAAACAAAAUCUGGUUAUCCUAAAAAUAAUCUUGUUUGUGACAAUCGCAACAAUAAUGAUGAUGAUGAUGAAAGUAUUGAAGAAUGGACGGAAAUGUUAGGAUGUGGUAUAAUACGACAAGAAUUAUUAGAUCGUUCUGGAAUACCUAAUAAAGUUGGUUAUGCAUUUGGUCUUGGCUUAGAACGUUGGGCUAUGCAAUUAUAUGAAAUACCAGAUAUACGAUUAUUUUGGUCUAAAGAUGAAGGAUUUUUAAAUCAAUUUAUAACAGAUGAUAUUCAUGCAUCAAUCAAAUACAAA